AUGUUCAUCCCAAGACUCGUCCUCCCCCGCCUGGCCCUACCCCUGGCCAGAGGCUUCACAACAACCGCUUCCAGACACAAGCUCACCCCCCAGCAAAUCCAAAUCGUCAAGUCCACGAUCCCUGCACUGGAAUCCCACGGCGUCGCAAUCACCACUCUCUUCUAUCAGCGGCUCCUCCAGCAACACCCCGAGCUCAAGAACAUCUUCAACACCGCACACCAAGCCACCGGCGAACAACCCGCCGCCCUGGCCCACUCCGUCUGGGCAUACGCCACCAACAUCGAGCACCCGGAGGCCCUGAAAACAGCCAUUUCGCGCAUCGGCCACAAACACGCCAGCCUGGGGAUCACGGCGGACCAAUACCCGGCUGUCGGGGAGGGCCUUCUGGCCGCCAUCAAAGAGGUGCUAGGCGACGCGGUGGACGACCAGGUGCUCGACGCCUGGAAAGCCGCAUACGGGGAACUGGCGGGGUACUUCAUUGGCUUUGAAAGCGAGCUGUACCGGCAGGCGGAAGCAACGCCGGGCGGGUGGAAGGGGUGGCGGAAGUUCUUCAUCUCGGAGAAGGUCCACGAAGGCGAGGAGAUCAUCUCGUUCUACCUCACGCCGAUCGAUAAGGCUGCACUGCCGGCGUAUAAACCCGGCCAGUUCGUCAGUGUGAAGUGCUUCGUCCCGGAGCUGGGGGUCUACCAGCCCCGGCAGUAUAGCUUGUCGGAUGUGCCGAAUGGAGAGUACUUCCAGAUCUCGGUGAAGAGGGAAUCUGCGCUAGGACCCAAACCGGCCGGACGCAUUUCGAAUGUGCUGCAUGAGGGCUUGCCGGUGGGUGCGGAGCUGGAUGUUAGUAUGCCGUUUGGGGAUUUCGUGUUGGAUGUUAAUGCGACUACGCCGGUCGUGCUGAUUAGUGGUGGCGUUGGGCUGACGCCGAUGAUGUCCAUGUUGAAGACUGUCGUGGAUCAGGGAGGGUCGAGGCGCGUGGUCUUCAUUCAUGCGGUGCGGAAUGGGCGCGUGCAUGCAAUGAAGGACCGCUUGGCGAAGAUCAUCUCGGAGAAUCCACAGGUUCAUCGUGCGGUGUUUUAUGAGGAGGUUGAUCAAGGGGACACGCAGGGCGUCGACUAUGACUUCACAGGCAGGGCGGAUCUCCACAAGAUUAAGGAUCAGGCCGUUCUUCCGGAUGCGGAUUACUAUAUCUGUGGUCCGAAGCUGUUCAUGAAUGCGCAGAGUAAAUCUUUGAAAGAUAUGGGUGUGCAGGAGGACCGGAUUCAUAUGGAAGUGUUUGGUUCCCCGACUGAAUAG